CUCCGCAUGUGACGUAGUAUUUCUUGUGUGGGAGUGCGCGCUCGCCUGUGUAGGACUUGUAUGGGAACGCAAAGUCAGAGCAGGGGGAUUUGUGGAUCACUUGUUCAACUAGUGAGCAAUCUCUUGUCUGAGAUCACGAUAUUAUAGAAAUGUCGGGGGAGAGCGAAGAGACGCAGGCAGCCGAGGAGACCCCCAUGGAGGAGAAGGAGGUCCAGGAGAAGGUGAUCAGUCCUGAGAAAGCGGAGGAGGCUAAACUGAAAGCCAGAUACCCACAGUUAGGAAAUAAACCUGGGGGCUCUGACCUGCUUCGCAAACGCCUCACCAAGGGGCAAAAGUACUUUGACUCUGGCGACUACAACAUGGCUAAAGCCAAGAUCAAGAACAAGCAGUUGCCGACAGCUGCCCCAGAGAAGACGGAGAUCACAGGAGACCACAUCCCCACCCCCCAAGACCUGCCCCAGAGGAAACCUUCUCUGGUGGCCAGUAAACUGGCAGGCUGAUGCACGCACAGCCUCGACAGCCGCCGCAGCACCUCCCAGCCCUAACCCUUUCCUCCCAUGUCUCAGAGCUGUAACAUUACCUCUCCCGCCCCUUACAGUAUCUAUCCCCUUCCUCUGCUCCACUGGUCACAGUACCUGUCCCCUGCCUCUGCCCCCUCCCCACCAGCCUGGACCCCACCCAGCAGGAACCCACACCUGGCACCCAGCAAACUGGCUAGCUGAUACUGUCAAAUCCUGUCUAUUUUUGUUUCAUCUAGCCCUGCCUUUACUGCCUCCUAUCCUUGUUGUUUUCCCUCACUACUCUUCCAAACUGACUGCCCUGCUGUCAUUGUCCUUUUACUUUUCCAUGUUCCUUUUUAUUUUCUCUUUACUUCCAUGUAAGAUACACUGAAAGACAUCCAAGUGUGAGUGUGAGCGGGUAGUGACGUCUGUGUGCGACUGAUAGACGACUGAUACCGCUGUGUUUACUGGCUAAAGAUGGGGGCGAGCAGCAGAAGCUGCAUCUUGUUUGUUUGGGGAGCUUUAGUAUGGGCAUCAGGAUCUCAGUUUGGAAGUGUGUGUGCGCGUGUGCGUGUGUGUGUGUGUGUGUGUGUGUGUGUGUGUGUGUGUGUGUGUAUACAUAUAUAUAUAUAUAUUUCCUUUUGUUCGGCACAGGGGCAGAUGUCAGCUUUUUAGAGCGUUUUACAUCGGAUUUGUAUCAUUCACUGUAUGUCCUUAUUCUAAAUUAUAUUGUCAAUAUGCUUGUGAUUUACUGAAUAUAGUAAUCCAGAGGCCAAGCUCAGUUUUGUUAACACUUUGAUUGUUGAACCAUGGGAGGAAGCUGUACUAAAGAACCACACAGCAAAGGCCAGAGUGUGAUGUGGAACUGCAUGUGUGACGCAGGGCUCCCAAAGGCAAACCUCGCUGAGCUCCAUUUUUAUUCAUCAAGGUGCACUGAACACAGACAUUUACACGUGCUGAAAAGCUCAGGUGCAGCGUACAAGCACUGGAUGGCAUGUAGAUGAUGCAUUCAAGACAUCUUGAAACUUGAGAGUGAAAGGAAGACAUGUUGCUUCCGUUUGAAAUGUAAUGUUGAACGUUGGCACUGUAUUUGUGGUGUGCCCUCCAUGUCAGCCUCAGAUGAUGGGUCAAAACACUCGGGUCAAAGUUUACAGUUACAAGUUGUCAUGAAUGUUACCAUACUGAAAGACAAUGUAGGGGACUGUAUGGGAUCUAAAAGCUACAUUUCUGUCAGUAGGGACCAGUCUUUGUGUCCUGUAUGCCGUUAGUAGACUAAAUUUAUGGUUAAAAAAAAGUACUGGGAGCAGGUCUUGGCACUGGGAACAAAUAGUGUUAUGAAUCAUGUUCAGACUUGGGAAAAACCUUCUAUACUCAUAAGUCAAAGUACUUUUAUUUGAAAAAAUGUCCUUGGCCCUGUGUAGUGCUUUCCCAGGGUCAUUACUGACUGGAUGAAAUUUACCUGCGAUGUGGUAAAUCUAAGCUAGCACAACAUCUGUCUGAGCUGUGCAUGUAUAUGGCUGCCCUGCUGUCACUUUGUGCCAUUUUGUUUUGUAAAUAAAAUAGUUUUGCACAAAUG